UCGAGGAGGGAGAUUAACCCCAGGAGACAUGAGCUUGGCUAUCGAGGACACACGCUGAUCAGUGCUGAAGAGAUAUAAUCAACGGAAUGCAACGUGCGAAUGUAGAUGAGUUCGGUUCGAUCGUUUAUUUCGUGAUGGACAUCGCGGCGACGGGAUAAAUUCUUUUUAUUUAACCAAGGCGAGAUAUUUGUGUUUGUCAGUAGGAGUGAAGGAUACCUUUGAAUUUCAACAAAAUACCACCGUCUAAAGUUUGUUUCUGUUACAACAAGAAACUGCAGGCGAUCGGCAACGACUGUGAAUUAUUCUGACAGACUUUUUGUGCCCUGUGAAAUUUAUUGUUAGUGAGGCUCUCGUUUACUUUUUAUUCACGCUCCGUUGCUUUCGUGUGUGUGUAAAAAGAAUUCCAGUGAUUUAUCAAGAUCGUGAAAAGACAAACCCUGAGAGAAAUGGAAAGACUACAACUCGUUCUCAUCUGCCUACUGGGUUUUGUUGUGGCGGAAAACACGUCGACGGACGACACUUCGAGAAUUGCUCAGACAGACAAUAGCCUGGAGGUUGACACCGUGGCACAGGGUAUCAACUGGGGCGAAUGGUCUCCGUGGUCCAAGUGGUCGGUCUGUUCAAGACACUGUGGUGGCGGUAUAACGCGUCAACAGAGGAGAUGCCGGAGGCCGCCUUGCAGAGGACGUUCCGUUCGUUACAAGACGUGCAACGGCCAGUUGUGUCAGAAGCAGGACGAAGGAGGAAGCGACUUUCGCGCGGAGCAGUGUUCAGCCUUUGACGAGGUGCCGUACAGUGGAAGCCUUCUCAAAUGGACACCUUAUCACGACCCGAGCCGGCCCUGUUCGUUGAUUUGCCGGGGCGAACAGAGGCGGGAUGAAGACCCGGGGGACAUGAUCAUCAGCGAUAAACUUCUCCAACGAGACGACAAUGUCCUCCAGGAAUCGGAAUCGGACGAUUUCGUCGUCGUUCAGCUCGCGGAAAAGGUGGUGGACGGUACCAGAUGCCGAACGGGUACCAACGACGUCUGCAUCAACGGGGAGUGCAUGAAGGUGGGUUGCGACCUCCGGAUCGGAAGCAACAAGAAGACGGACGCCUGCGGGGUUUGCGGCGGGGAUGGUUCGACGUGCGGGCCGAUUUACUACUGGGCUUUGGUGCCGAUAACAGUCUGCUCGAAGCCCUGCGGCGGAGGUUUCAAAAUGGCGAUGGCCGUCUGCAAGACUAGAAGCACCGACGAAGAGGUGAUGGAUUCUCAUUGUGACGCAAACGAAAAACCGGACAAAUCCCUCGUCGCCUGCAACGAUCAACCAUGUACUACAGAGUGGACAACGGGACAAUGGACCGAGUGCAGCGCAAGCUGCGGCGGCGGAACAAGAACAAGACCCGUAUUCUGUUCGGAGGAGAGCAAUGAAACAAGCACCAAACUUCCCGAACACAUGUGCAUCGGUUCGCACAGGCCAAGGCAUCAAGAGACCUGCAACACGAUAUCCUGCCCCAUGUGGGAAACCAACGAGUGGUCAGAGUGUUCGGCUUCCUGCGGUUCCGGAGUCCGGACGCGUUUUGUCAGCUGCAAGGACGGCAAAGGACGCGUGUCCAAGGACUGUGACAUCUUGGAAAAGCCGCACGAGGAACAGGAGUGUAGAUCUGUUGUAUGUCCGACUCCAAGUAUAGAAGACGAGUUUAUGCGACCUCUCAGGGAACCCUAUCCGCCACCGCCUGUACCAGCGAAGUUAAUCGGCCAACCGAUUCCCUCCGAAUCUACAUUCAUUGCAGAGGAAUGGUCGCCGUGUUCGGUGACCUGCGGCGAGGGCAUCCGACGUCGAGAAGUGCACUGCAAGAUAUUCCUCGAGUUCAGCAGAACGAUAGCGAAGUUACCGGACAGGCAAUGCUCGGGACCGAAGCCCGCCGACAUAGAAAAGUGCGUCCGCGAACCCUGCGGGAUUCUGGGUAAUAGUCUUUCUCACAGAAUGCAGGACACCGUCAGGGAUAGCGGCUACGCCGACUCCAGCCUCACCGACACCUACAGAUCCUCUUCGGGAGGAUCAGGGGGCAGCAGCUACGAGAGCAGCGUUAGAGUCGCAGCUGGCAGCGCGACACACACAAGCUACUCUUGGAAAGAAAACGGAUACACUCACUGCAGCGCCUCGUGUCUCGGCGGCGUUCAAGAGCUGAUCAUAAAUUGCGUCAGAGACUCGGAUGCUCGAGUGGUGACACCGUAUCUCUGCACCCCGGAAACAAAACCUGAGUCACGAAUCAGGACCUGCAACGAUCAUCCCUGUCCACCAAGAUGGAACUUCAGCGACUUCGCACCGUGCAUGAGUCCCUGCGGGCUGGGAAUUCAGACGCGUGACGUGACGUGCAUACACGAGGUUGCCAGGGGAGGUGCAAACACGGUCCACGUACCCAACAACAUGUGCCCACAGCCUCCGCCGCCGGAUAGACAGUAUUGCAACAUAUUGGAUUGCCCUGUGAAAUGGAGCGUCGGAGAGUGGGGGAAGUGCUCCAAGACUUGCGGGGGUGGUGUGAAGAAGAGAUACGUAGCCUGCGAACAAGUGAUGGCGCAGGGUCAUCAGCAGCCACGACCAGAAUCCGCUUGCGUAACGCAGAAGCCCGCCGAGCAAAGGCCUUGCAAUACUCGGGCCUGUCACGAUCUGGACUCGAAUGCGCAGCCUGUUAUUUUGAGCAAGAAUACGACGUUCAGUCAGUCGGAUCCGAGCGAAAAGGUCGAUCUCAGAAUCGGUGGUACAGCGAUUGUAUUUCACGGCACUUCGAUCGUCAAGAUCCGAUGCCCAGUAAAGAAAUUUGACAAGGCUCACAUUAUCUGGACGAAGGACAGAAUGGAGUUAAGGAAGUCAAAGAAGUACAAGAUCAGCAAAAAGGGCGCACUGAGAAUCGUCGACGUGAGCUACUCGGACAACGGUGUCUACGCUUGUAUAGCGGGACAAUCGCAGGCGGAGGUUCAUCUUCUGGUGAAAGUGAGACCCGGGGAGUACAUGAGCAGCGAGGAGAUCCUCCGGCAUGGAAAAACGGUCCAUCAUCAGGACGCUAGUUUGGACUCGGCUCCUUCGCUGUCCGGUGAAGUGCUUCACACGGAUUACGCAGCACCAGCCUACGGCAGUCCGUUCUCCUUUAACGGAGAAGACUUCAGUCACGAAGCUCAUCCCGAGGGAAUAGUCACUCCUAAGCCGACGCGAAAACCUCGAAAAAAGAAACAGAAACCGAGCCCACUUCCGCCGGACGCGACGAUGAUUCACGGCGAAUAUACCGUGACUUCGCCUCAUCAGCCGGGAUAUCAGGAGUCGGUCGAAUCGACAGCGACUUCGGGAACUUCGAGCCUUUUGCCCCACUUGAACGGAUUGAUAUCGAGGCUAAAGGCCUAUUGGCCGUUUCAGGGUAACGCGAUAGGAAGCCGGGGUCACAGGAUGGCACCACAUUAUGUUGAGGAUCUGAGGAGCGACGAUAUCCCGACAACUCGAACACUGAGGGACCGGAAAGCUGGGCGGAACUUCGCGGAUGAAAUCGACAGCGACUUUGGUAUUUUACAAGGAAACACGGGGAUACCGGAUGAGAAUUUCGGGCCAGACGAGGAGCGGAUAAUCAUCGACGACGACCCCUACGACCUGGACGAAGCGAUAUUCGCUCUUCAAAACGGCGACGGGUCUAUAAGCACGCCAAAGAUGAUAACUCACAGAAGAAAGCCGGCCCCGACAUUAUCGGCGAUAGAUUUGAUUGAGGAAUCCCUAAGGAACGCGAAGAGGCACGAGGCCCAAAGUGCAAAAGAAGUUCGAUUGCAGGAAAGGGAUAAUAUAAAAUCGAUUGAUCUCGCUGAGGAAUUAAUGUCAGCGGUUAAACGGAGCCGGGAAGAAAAUUCGAGCAAGUCCUUUGCAAAAGAAGAAUUUCUCGAUAGGGAAAACCGGGAUGAUCGUGCUAAAAAUAACUUUGGAGAACCUUUAACCGAUGAGGGGGAGAAGCGGAUGAACGACGAAGCUUCUUCGGUGACUCGAUCAGCGAACGUGAAUGAAAUGAACACGGUGAUAACGAUCGAACCUCAAGUGACGGAGAAUCAGACGUCCGAGGAGAUGCAAUACCUUGGCAAGGUGGAGCCCGAGGAGGCAGAGGUCGAAGGAAGUACUCCGGGUGACGGUCAGCUGGACCCGAAUUACGGAAAUUCCGGGUCGCCGGAAGAAUCGAGCGAAAGUUCGACGAACCUCGAGUCGAACGAAGAAGCGUCGAGCCCUAGUCCCGGAAACGAGGAGGCCGGAAAUCCCCACGGCACGAUAAGUACUUGGGAAAUUUUCACCUCGACCGCGUUCGAGAACGGAAACAGCGAUUACGAGUCGACUUUACAACCUGUCGUCAUUUUGGGAAAGAGCAUCGUGGAGGAGCUCAAGUUUGAAUGGGUCACAACGGAAUGGUCCGAGUGUUCGCAGACUUGUGGUGGCGGCGGAUUCCAGAUGAGAGGCGCUCAGUGCACCGUGAGACCCCUAAAAACCGCGGCGAACGCCACUCAGGUUGCCCCGAAAACAGCCGUCGGUGCUACGUUGUGCGAAGACGCGGGACUUCCGGUUCCAGAAAAGGUUCGAGCCUGUGGAGGAGGAAGGUGCCCGCAGUGGCAUACCGGGGAAUGGACCCCCUGCGAGACGUCGCGGUGCUUCACUUGGCAAACAGCAAUGCAAAGGAGGGAAGUUACGUGCCGCAUUAUUGAGGAAGGGGACAACGCCACGACGAAUGCGACUGUCCUCGAUGCCAGCAAAUGCGAUGAGAGUGUCAGACCACCCCAAAGACUCGAGUGCUACAACGAUGCUUGCAAAGGUGUAUGGAGGGUUGGCGAAUGGUCGGAAUGCACAGCUUCCUGCGAGGAGGAUGGAGUCAAGUACAGAAUCUUACAGUGCGUCUGGUUUGGGACGAAAAAGGCGGCGGGUAAUGCCUGCAGGGACGUUCCACGACCGUCUGUGAUGAAGACCUGCAAAGGACUCCCAUGCCUCCAAACACCAGAGUACUGUAAGGAUCUUUCGCAGUUCUGCGGUAGGGUAAAAGUAAUGAAUAUGUGCCGAGUGCCUCUUUACCAGAAGCAGUGUUGCCAAUCCUGUCGUCCGCAGUCCUAAGACAGCGUGACAAUGUCGAAUCA